CUGUCACGUGACCGUCAACUUUCACCCAGGAUGUCUACCUCGAGACUUCCCCUUAGCAACCGACUGGCCGCGCUUGGUUCCCUUAGCUACCGAGCGAAGCGUCUGCUGCAUGGAACCAGUCCGGUAGCCGGCGCUUCAGACGGGGCUUUGUUUUUCAGAUUCAAAUGAUCCCAAGUUCUUGUUUCACUGGACAACUCUGGUUUUGUUUCUCCGUGAGGAGGCUGCUCCAUUGACAGUGGUGUAAAACUCGCUGCUGCUUUUCCCAUCUCCUACCUCUGGUCUUCACCAACAACACCAUUGUCAGGGAAAAUGAACUGGCUGUACGACUCAGUGGAGCCAAGAGUGAUGGACGAGGACAUGCUCAAGCUGGCUGUGGGAGAACAGGGCCCACGGGACGAGGCUGGGCAGCUGGCCAGGCAGGAGGGCAUCCUCUUCAAGGAUGUGCUUUCACUGCGGCUGGACUUCCAAAACAUCCUCCGCAUAGACAGCCUCUGGCAGUUUGAGAACUUGAGGAAGCUACAGCUGGACAACAACAUCAUCGAGAAGAUCGAGGGCCUGGAGCGUCUGGUACACCUGGUCUGGCUGGACCUGUCCUUCAACAACAUCGAGGCCAUUGAGGGGCUGGACACACUGGUGAACCUGGAGGACCUGAGCUUGUUCAACAACCGGAUCUCCAAGAUUGACUCUCUGGAUGCCCUCGUCAAGCUACAGGUGUUGUCGCUGGGCAACAACGAGAUCAGCCACAUGAUGAACAUCAUCUACCUGCGGCGGUUCAAGGACCUGCGGACGCUCAGCCUCUCUGGAAACCCCGUCGCAGAGGAGGAGGAUUACAAGAUGUUCGUCUGUGCCUACCUUCCUGACCUUGUGUACCUGGACUUCCAGCGCAUCGACGACCACAUGAUAAUAGUUUGGAAGUCAUCACGGGCCCCGAUGCUUGGAAUGGGCCAGAGAGCUGUUGGGAAGGAGCUGGCAGAGAUCAAACACCAGUAUGGCAUCGACGAGCUGAAGCAGCGAGAGAACCUGAUUCAGGCCCAGCUGGAUGAUGAGCGGGCCCAGCGGGAGGAGCUGGAGGAGCACAAGGCCGCGUUCGUUGAGCGCCUGAACGGCUCCUUCCUGUUUGACAGCAUGUACGCUGAGGACGUAGAGGGCAACAAGCUGGCCCACCUUCCCGGCGUCAGCGAGCUCCUUCAGGCCUACAAGGACAAAUUCGUCAUCAUCUGCCUGAACAUCUUCGAAUAUGGCCUGAAACAGCAGGAGAAGCGCAAAGUGGAGCUUGACACCUUCAAUGAGUGUGUCCAGGAGGCCAUCCAGGAAAACCGGGAGCAGGGUAAACGCAGGAUUGCCAAGUUCGAGGAGACACACUUGCUGAGUUUAAAUGCCAUCCGAGAGGAGUCCGAAGUGACCAGCCUUGAGGUGAAGGUAGCGGAACGCAGCAAGGACAUCACUGAGCUGUUCAACGCGCUCCUGACACUGGAGAUGCAGUUGGUGGAGCAGCUGGAGGAGACUAUAAACACGUUUGAAAGGAACAUCAUGGACUUGGUGGCACUCUUUAUUGAAAACGUCCAAAGCCUGAUGGCUCAGUGCCGGGACCUGGAGAACCACCACCACGAGAAGCUCCUGGAGAUCUCCAUCAAUACCCUCGAGAAGAUACUGAAGGGUGAGCUCGACGAGGACCUGCCCUACGACGUGCGCGCUCUUUUUGUCGACAAAGACACGAUUGUUAAUGCUGUUGGGACGUCGCAUGACCUCCACCUCCUGAAGAUCGACAAUCGAGAAGAUGAGCUGGUGACGCGGACCAACUCUUGGUGCUCACACUUAGUGGACGCGAUCCACAAGGAUGAGAUCACGAGGAACCGCAGGCGCGUGAAGGAGAUCCAUCAGUAUGUCGACCACGUACAGAACGAGCUGGACAACCUGGAAUGCAGCGAGAUCAUAGAUUAGGGCUGCGCCAGCCCAGACGGUCCUUCCCGAUACAGCCCUCAGCCCAAGAGCACACUCACGCGACCGACAGCCUCAGAAGCGUUUCUGGGAAUUUCUCAACCCAGAACCCUCCUAACCCCAUUCUUCCCCCACCCCUGGGAAGGGUAGAGAAAAAUAAAGAAUUAUGUCAUCUUUU